CGGCAUUUCUGAGAAGUUGUUGUGUUGCAUGAAUAUUGGCGCUCGGUGCUGAAUAUGGUGUUCAGAGAAAACAUGGCUACAGAUUGGCUUGGAAGCAUCGUCUCCAUCAACUGUGGAGACAGCUUGGGGGUCUACCAGGGAAGAGUAUCGGCUGUGGACCAGGUCAGCCAGACAAUCUCAUUAACACGGCCUUUCCAUAAUGGGGUCAAAUGUUUGGUACCCGAGGUCACCUUCAGGGCAGGUGACAUUACUGAGCUGAAGAUCUUAGAGAUCCCAGGCCCCAGUGAUAACGGGCCGUACGGAGACUUCCAGCAGACCGAUCUGGGCAUAUCCGGUGUUGGAUUCCCAGGGAGUAGCAGCCAGAACGGUACUGGGAAACUGCUGAAGAAACCCGGCAGCAGCGCCCCACAGAGCAUCCCCAGGAGGACAGACAUGAAAAAUCAAGACGUGGCCACUUCUCCCCAGCAGCAUCAGUGUUCCAAGAGCUACAUGGAUCGGCACAUGGAGACUUUGAAUCAGUCGAAAGUCUUCCGCCGGCGACACAACUCGUGGUCCUCCAGUAGCCGUCACCCGAACCAGGUGACUCCGAAGAAGAGCGGGGUGAAGAACGGGCCAAUGAAAAACAAGGAUGACGAGUGUUUUGGGGACAACAUUGAGGAAAUCCCGGAUACGGAUUUUGAUUUCGAAGGGAACCUGGCGCUCUUUGACAAGGCAGCUGUGUUCGAAGAGAUAGAAACUUUCGAGAGGAAGAGCGGGACUCGGUCCAGGGGCACACCGAACGAGAGGUCCUCCCGCUAUCGCCAUGACGAAAACAUCUUGGAAUCUGAGCCCAUUGUGUAUCGAAGAAUCACGGUGCCCCAAGCCAGCAAAGAGUUCUGCACGGACUCUGGCCUGGUUGUUCCGAGUGUCUCUUACGAGUUGCACAAAAAGCUGCUCUCGGUGGCUGAGAAGCACGGGCUGACUCUAGAGCGGAGGCUGGAAAUGACAGGGGUGUGUGCCAGCCAGAUGGCCUUGAGUCUGCUUGGAGGGCCCAACAGGUUGAACCCCAAAAACAUUCACCAGCGUCCCACGGUUGCCUUGCUGUGCGGCCCCCACGUGAAGGGGGCCCAAGGGAUCAGUUGUGGUCGGCAUCUUUCCAAUCACGACGUGCAUGUCAUUCUUUUCCUUCCCAACUUUGUCAAGAUGCUGGAAUCAAUCACCAACGAACUGAUGCUGUUUGGCAAGACCCAAGGCCAGCAGGUGUCCAGUGUCAAAGAUCUUCCAGACACGCCAGUCGACUUGGUGAUAAACUGCUUGGAUUGCCACGAAAAUGCCUUUCUGAGGGACCAGCCUUGGUACAAGGCUGUUGUGGACUGGGCCAACCAGAACAGAGCCCCGGUCCUCAGCAUAGACCCGCCUGUGAGCGAGGCGGAGCAGGGAAUCGAUGCAAAGUGGUCGCUAGCCCUGGGGCUCCCCUUGCCGCUGGGCGAGAGGGCUGGGCGGGUGUACCUGUGCGACAUCGGCAUUCCGCAGAAGGUCUUCCAGGAGGUGGGGAUAAACUACCACUCACCUUUCGGCUGCAAGUUCGUCAUCCCUCUGCACUCGACCUAGGGUGGGCCCCGGUGUCUCGGAAGAUGGGAAGGGGCCGAAUCGGCUCAACCCCUUUACGAAAGGAUUCUGACCGUAUUAAAACUAUGUGACGCCUUAAGGAAGCAAAAGUUCUGGGUUUAUGUUUCUUCUUCCAGGAGAAACCUCAAGUGUUAAAAGAGAACCAAGGAGGACUGGUGUACCAAGGAGCCUUUGAUGCUCUUGUGCCAUUGUCUGAAGGAAUAGCCGGAGAACCAGCGGCUUCGACUGGCUAAGAAAGUUGGUGGUGGGAGGGCAGGGGGAAAUGUGUCUUCACACAUGCAAGUGCCCUUGCCAGGCCGUAUACCAGAUGAUGUGAUUUCCUUUUUUUUCCCCUGUAGUGGGAGGAGUUUCUGGGGUACAGCCCCCCCUCCCUUUUGAUCAUGUGGGAACUCUUGCAGCCCUCCUGUGUUCCCUUCUUGUGCAGCUAAAGCCCAUCACUCAGUCCACACCUGAAGCUACUUGGGACUUUGAGAGGCCGUGCCUGGUGCUCCUGCUGGCAGUUUGGAAGUUGCAGGAUCAGCACUUAGCAUUUACCCACAGGCAAGCUAGUGGUGGCUUCCUCCCCCCCCCCCCCCCGGUUGACUGAAUGACACCUCUUGGGUGACAAACGUGGCUUAAGAGAGGGAGCAGGCAAAAUGGUGCUGAUACUUGUAUUUGCCACAAGUAGCUGCCCUCCCGUCUUACUGUAGAAAUCCACAUUGCUGGUGUUUUGUCUCCCCCCCCCCCCCCGCCGCCCUCUUCCAUUUAUGUUCUGGGAGCAAAUUUGUGCAGAGGACACAUACGAGUGCUCUUCAUCCACCUUGUGGCACAAAAGCUGCAGGAAGAUUUGUGCGCUCAGCUCUGGCACUUCGUUCCAUGCCCUUGUUGAUAUGUCUCGAUCAGGCAUGCAAGGGCGCUCUAGUAAAGCAACAGCACAGUAUUGCAGAAGAGGGUACCCGGGCCCCCCGUUUUUGCUGAGAACGCCAGCCGGCAUAGCCCCUUCUACCCUUGCAUGUGCUGUUGCACUGAUCUAAUCUGGCUCUCUUGCGCUUUGAGCAUGAGUUCUGUAUAAAUACCAUUGGCGAAUUGUGCAUUGCCGUCUCCUCUUCCCACUUGGGGACUAGCCCCUUGCUGUCAGUGGCUUGCUGUUCCCUCCGAGCAUUGCCAGCACACUGUGUUGUAGCCAAGCACUGUCUAGUCUCCGGGGACAAACAGUGCUGUGAAGUGACCAACCUUGAGUCCCUCCUGCUGGUUUCUGAGCAGUUGGCAGCGCUUGACCUUGUCCGUGUCCCGAAAGGUGCCAUACUGAAACUCUCUUGCCUAGCCAUGACUCUGAAUAAAACGU